UUGUUUGUUACAAUACAGAGAUAAUGGUACUAUUACUGAGGAAAUUAAAAUAUCUGUUAACAAAAGGUUUUCCCAAAGAACCAUAUAAAAUGGUUCUUGUUGUACGAACAGAUAUUCCAAUGGGAAAAGGUAAAGUUGCAUCUCAAUGUGCUCACGCUGCAGUUGAAUGUUUCAGUCAAUGUUCAAGUAGUAAAUUAACAAAAGAAUUUUUGGAUGCAUGGUUAACUCUUGGUCAACCAAAAAUUGUCCUUAAAGUUUCAAGUGAAGAGAGUUUGAAACAAUUAGCUAAAAAAGCAAAAAAUGAAGGUUUGAUAACUUCACUCAUUCGUGAUGCAGGUAGAACACAAGUAGAAUAUGGAACCAUCACUGUUUUAGGAAUUGGCCCUGGACCUAAUAGUAUUGUUGAUAAGGUUACAUCUCAUUUGCAAUUACUUUAAUUAUUGAUAAAAAAGGAAAAAGAAAACAAUGUACAUAAUUUUUUAUGUAUUUUAUUUAUUGUUAGAAAACGAUAAUAUUCAAUCGAAUUAAAUGUUUUAGUCAACAAACUUAUUUAA